UUUCCCUUCACAUUUCCGCAUUCAGCGCUCGCAGGGGUUGCACCGCCACACUUCACCCUUCCCCGCUGCAGUUGCCUGAAAUUUGAGAGAAUAAUGGCAAACUUUCUUCUGAGAUUAAACAUGAGGAAAUGCCUCGCCUCUCAAAUAAGAAUGGCAUCUGAACAGCUUGGCGAGUUGGGUAAGGGCGCGGGCAAAGGUGGCGGAGGAGGAGGCUCGAUAAGGGAGGCGGGGGGUCCUUUUGGAAAGCGAGAAGUGGCAGAGGAGGAACGGUACUUCAGGCAGAAAGAGAAGGAGCAGAUGGAGGCUCUGAGGAAACAUCACCGAGAAGAGAUUGAGCACCACAAAAAAGAGAUUGAGCGCCUACAAAAGGAGAUCAACCGCCACCAGGGCAGAAUCAGAAAGCUGUCGCAUGACGACUGAAGCGGGGAAGCCUGUUAUCACUUCUCCCUCCAACUGUUUGAUUGCCAAGUCAAUGAUUAUCCAAUACUGAGAGAUUGAUUUACUGCUGGUCAAGGCAGGGCCUGUAUAAGACCUCAUACUGACAUCCUCAACACCAAUAAAGCCCUUAAUUUUUCAUUUUUCAUGAAA